UUUUUUUUUUUUUUUGAAAUGGAUUUCGAUGCCUGUUAUAACAAAGCUCAGAUAAAUGGAACUAUUAAUAUAACCACACGCAGGCAACUGGAAGAGGAUCUAAAAAAUUCUUUGGAGGAGGGCGCUGGUGAGCUUUUUCUCACAUGUAUACCAAAAUAUUGUACUCCGGAAUGGAUUGUGCAAAUAGCUAGCGAACUGGGCGAGGUUUACUCACUGCGAUUCAAGAUCGAUUUUUCGGGUUAUUGUCGCGGUUAUGCUUACCUUCAAUAUGUUGAUGAACUUCUAAAGGAAGCGGCGAUAGAAUACCUACCAAAGCGAUUUCUUGAAAUGAUGUUCUUUAUCAGAGUGCUGCCAUCUUCCAAUAAUAGGGAGUUGGUCCUCCACCGGGUAGAGUCGCUCAGUCCAUGGCAAGUUUACCAGGAAAUGCGCAAGAUAUAUCCGUUUGUCGUCCUUCGAGUUUACCAGCGCAAAGUCAACGAGUUCAUCUAUAUCUUUGGCUAUCGCAACAACGAUUCGGCUGCCAAUGCUCAUCUGAGCAUUAGAAAUGCAAUUAAGAAAUUCGGACCACGUGCGGGCGUGUCCUGGAUGAGUCGAAGGCACUUCCUAAGUGGAAUCAGGUCAAAAUCGUACUGCUGCUUAAAACUGGACAAGGGCAACCUUGAGCUUACCCCAGCCACCGAAACGGCUUGCUUCGAGUUUUGA